AGUACAGAUCUGUCAUAUAAUCCUCCUAAUUAUGAGGAACCUUCUCUGGACCAAUCACAGAUUGUUACCGCAAGUACAAGUCAGAAAAGGAUUAAAAGGUUUCAUUGUGGCAAAGAAUCCACAAACAUCUCAGGACUUUCUACACACCAAAGACGUCACAAAGGAGAGAAAAUGUAUUCAUGUUCAGAAUGUGGGAAAUGCUUCACAUGGAAAUCACAUCUUGUUAUACAUGAGAGAAUUCACACAGGAGAGAAGCCAUAUUCAUGUUCAGAAUGUGGGAAAUGUUUUACACAGAAAUACAGUCUUGUUACACAUCAGAAAUGUCACACAGGAGAGAAGCCAUAUUCAUGUUCAGAAUGUGGGAAAUGUUUUACAUGCAAAUCAAUUCUCGUUCAACAUCAGAGAUGUCACACAGAGAAAGCAUAUACAUGUUCAGAAUGUGGGAAAUGUUUUAGUCAAAAAUCAUUUCUUGUUAUACAUGAGAGAUGUCACACAGGAGAGAAGCCAUAUACAUGUUCAGAAUGUGGGAAAUGUUUUAGUCAAAAAUCAGAUCUUGUUAGACAUGAGAGAUGUCACACAGGUGAGAAGCCAUAUACAUGUUCAGAAUGUGGGAAAUGUUUUAGACAAAAAUCAGAUCUAGUUAAUCAUGAGAGAUGUCACACAGGUGAGAAGCCAUAUACAUGUUCAGAAUGUGGGAAAUGUUUUAGACAAAAAUCUGAUCUUGUUAAACAUCAGAGAUAUCACACAGGAGAGAAACCAUAUACAUGUUCAGAAUGUGGGAAACGUUUUACAGUUAGACGAACUCUUGUUAAACAUGCGAUAUGUCACACAGGAGAGAAGCCGUAUUCAUGUUCAGAAUGUGAGCAAUGUUUUACGCAAAAAUCAGAUCUUAUUAGUCAUGAGAGAAGUCACAGAAGAGUAAGGAUGCGAUCACAAUUCCAGAAUUUAGACUUUGAUUUUGAUUCCAAUUAAAGAAUGACAUUAUUCGAUUACAAAUAAAAUAACACAAAGAAAUACCCACAGUAACCCCAUGUUGCCCAUUAUGUAAAGAGGUACUUGAUGAGGCACUUACUAUUAAUGAAAGGCACGUGGAAGCACAUAUUGAUAAAGUCAUGUGCCUCACAUAGUAAGACCAUCAAGUGCUCUCUCAAGUAAUGGACAACACGAGAUUAUAAUGAUUGUGCAGCAAUUUAUAUUGAUGACCUAUCCUCAAUUAGCUCAAUCCAUACGCGGCGGGUGCUGGAUGUAUUAUACAGCCGACACCUGGCCACAAUGACGAGGAACGACAAUUGCACCGAACCCUGUCAUUUAACCACUCAGAUGCCGCGUUCAACAGCGAUUGCUGCAUAUGUGAGGUAAGGCAGAGUGAAAUUGCUUCUAAAGCUUCCCAGGCCUGCCAUGGUAAGCUCCCUGCUAAGCUAUGAACGAGGCACAGCUCAGCAGGGAGCGUGUCAAAAUGUUAUUCACCCUAAUAGAUCUCUAAUAGGCUGAUUAGGACAAGAGAUCAAAAGAUCCCAAGUUUUAGCUUGCCCAGGGGACUAAUAGUUAAUAAAUAAAAAGGGAAAACAAGUAGAAAAAAAAAGGCAAAAAAUAUUAAACGUUUGUCUUCCUCCUCUUUCCCAAUUUUAAAUAUAAAAAUAUA